AUGAAUGGCAAACGACAAAGUCUUCAGGAUCAAUUCGAAGCAAACAUGGAUUUCAGCAGCGGUGACGGAUGGGCCUCGCACGAUGUUUCGCAAGGGAGAAAGAGCGCUCAAACACUUGGAGAUAAGCUUCCACUUCCUGUGACUCUCUCUUCCCUGAGAAACAAUUUGGAUGAUACUGAUGAGGAUUCAUAUCAAAUUGGUGAAUUUAAUUUUAGAACUAUUCAUUCCGUCGGUGUAAUCAUGGAGAAGGUUUCGGAAGACGGAAAAACCACUUAUACUCUUCACGAUCCAGAGAAAUCCGAGAAGACGUUCUAUGCUAUUCAGUUUGGGCAAUAUGAUGACGGAGGAUCAAAGUUUGUGGCUCCCGGUUUGAUCGAGGAUCAAAGGGUACGAGUGAUGGGAAAGCUUAAAAACGUCGGUGGCGAGAAAAUGAUUCUCAUAUAUUACCUCCAACAAUUGGGCGACGAUAAGGACUACCAAAUUUUCAAGCUUGAAGCUGAAGUUGCUGAGUUAUUCUUCAAAAAGAAUUUGCUUGAAAAAAUGCGGACUGGAAACACCAAUGGGUGGACUGGGAUGCUGGCUCCACCAAUGACCAGAUACUUCGAUAAUUUCGAUGCAAAUUCUUUCAUGCACUCGGAAAUUUCAAAAACUCCAGCUGCUCCUAUCAAAAUAGAACAAAAACUCAUCCAAGCAACUCCUAAAACAUCAUCUGCGUUCAAAGCGAAGAUUCGAGCUUGCAUCAGGUCAGAAGCUGAACGCGGUACGUAUGGCAACGACGAUGGUGUCCCAUUCACCAAAAUUAUGAGCAGAAUGAAUGGCGUGUCAGAACAAGCUCUUCGUGAAAUCCUCACUGAAAUGGAGAACAGUGGAAUGAUCUACGCCGCUAAGCACGAAGAAUAUAUGUCUCUGUAUUAA